CGCGCAACCACGCUGAGAGGAUCUCGAUUACCUCCCCGAUUGGCCCCCUACCACAGUGGGACUCACGCACGUGAAGUAUAUGGCGCACAGGGCAGUCAGCACGCACCUGCGCGUCCGUUACCCGAAGUUUCGUUGGGGAUGGUCGGUGGCGCCGUGCACUUGCGUGUCCUCGGCAUGCCAUGCAUGCUCGCAUAACCGGGAUCCUCAGGCGAGCAAGGUAGACUCAGAAUGACACGCUCGUCGGGGACGCCGUUCUGCGGACGCCUAGGGGAGCAUGGCCGAGCGUAUAUAUGCGAUGUUGCUGCUGGUAUGACCUGAAGCACACAGGACCUACCCCAAUAUCGAACCUACUCGCUAGCUUUAGCAUGUCUUUCACCACCAUCCCACAGCUUAUGAAGGCCCUUGUCGUUCAACCCGACAAGACGUUGACUGUCGUCGGCGACCAUCCCGUUCCUCCCAUCGGCGAAAACGACGUGCUAGUCAGGACCGUCGCCGUCGCGCUCGGCCCGCCCGACUUGCUGGCGCUCAAGGCCCCGCCGCCUCCCGGACUCCCCCCGAUCUUGGGCUGCGACUGGGCCGGGGAGAUCGUGCAGGUCGGCACGAAUGUGAACUCGCGCACGGUGGGCCAGCGCGUCGCGGGAUUCGUGCGCGGGGGCCGGUCAGCCGAAUGCGGCGCGUUCGCGGAGUACGUCAAGAGUCCGGCGGACCUAGUGUGGCCAAUCCCGGAGGCGCUUUCUUUUGAGGAGGCGGCCGCUAUGAGUAUUGGGACGUACACAUGCGCGCAGGCGCUGUACCACAAGGGCAGGCUUGAGCUCCCUCUCCCGGGAGACGACGUUCCGGAGAGGGAUGAAUGGGUGUUCAUCUACGGCGGCAGCUCCUCGUGCGGACAAUAUGCCAUCCAACUCGCGCGCGCCUCAGGCUUCAAGGUCGUCACCACAUCCUCCCCACGCAACUUCGACCUGCUCAAAUCCCUGGGCGCGGCCGCCGUCUUCGACUACCACGACCCCGCGGUCGUCGACAAAGUGAAGGCCGCGACGGGUGACACCAUCCGGCACGGGCUCGACGCGAUCGGCCAGCCCGAGACGCAGGAGCUCUCGCAGAAGGUGUUUGGCCCCGCGGGUGGGAAGCUACUCACGUUAAUGUGGGCGAACAAGACGCGCGUGCGAGAGGACGUCGAGCUGAAAUUCACACUGGUGCACACCGGACUUGGGUUGGCGAUUGAUAUGCCUGGAGCCCGCUUCCCCGCGUCACCGGAGGAUACGGCGGAGAUGGUGACAUUCGCAGCGACUGUCCCGCGGCUCGUCGAGCAGGGCCGCCUUAGGCCGAAUCCGAUCAGGCGGUUGGCUGGUGGGCUUGCUGCGAUCCCGGAGGGGCUGAAAUUGCUCGAGGAAGGAAAGGUCAGCGGCGAGAAGAUCGUCCUUGUCCUGUGACGUGCUUGUAAACCCUGUGCGGGCGGACAGUGGUUUACGAUGUGUUCCUGGUAGAUUCCCGGUGUCUCCUCGUGCGGACAUCCUCAGUCUUUGGGUGCGCGCGAAGAGAAUGUAGAGCAAAUGU